UGCCAUUGGUGAGCUCUCCCCAUUAUGGCGGAGAAUGGAUUGUCUCUUCUUUUCAAAUUCAUGUUUUGUGUCUUGAUGCUGGUAUUUUAACCCAGAAUAGAUUUCGUUUUUACUUUAGAGCACACUUCGUUUUACUUCAACCACACUUCGUUUUAAGUCAUGGCAGACCGUGGCGUGGAUUUCUCUGGUAUACCGAAAGAGCUUCGAGACCAUUUGGCAGAGUUGGAAUUGGAGCUAUCGGAAGGUGACAUCACACAGAAGGGCUAUGAGAAGAAACGAGCUAGGCUGCUGGCCCCUUUCCUCCCUCAGAUCACCAGUGUGGAUCUGCCUCUCCCAGACGUCCAGCAGCAGUCGUCCUCCGGCCCUACCAGUGGUGAGCCCAGCCCUGCCAGCUCUGACCGUAGCCCUGCCAGUCCUGAGGCCUCUGGCCCCUCUUCUUCCUCUGGGGGCCGCAGAAACCGCAGCGGGGGGGCAAGGGAUGACCGCUACAGAUCAGAUAUCCACACGGAGGCAGUACAGGCAGCGUUGGCCAAACACAAGGAGGAGAAGAUGGCACUGCCCAUGCCCACCAAGCGCCGCUCAGCCUUCGUCCAGUCACCCGUAGACAACUGCACCCCUCCAGACACAUCGUCAGCGUCUGAGGACGAAGGCUCUUUGCGUCGCCAGGCGACUCUGAGUGCAGCGCUGGCCCAGAGUCUCCAGAGCCCAGACUACUGGAUCAACCGCUCAGUGCAGAGCUCCUCCACCUCCUCCUCCGCCUCCUCCACCCUGUCCCAUGGGGAAAAUAAGACUCAGACGCAACCGCAGCCACAGCCCACCUCAGCACUGGCCGACAUACUGGCAAGCACACGCAUAGAGAACAGUGUCCCCCCAGAUGUGACGUCCUACACCCCUGAGAGGGGUUCAAGGGUGGACUCCAGGGUGGACCUGCCCCCCAAUGCUAUGACCAGGGGGAUGCCCCGAGGACAGAGCCGCACCAGCAUGCUGGAUACCACCGCUGACGGAAAGCGAAAAGGUGUGCCAGUGAACAGCCGUGUUUCCACUAAGAUCCAGCAGCUGCUGAACACUCUGAAGCGGCCCAAGAGACAAGCGCUCAGUGAGUUCUUCCUGGAUGACUCCGAGGAGAUCGUAGAGGUGCCCCAGCCGGACCCCAACACCCCCAGGCCAGAGGGCCGUCAGAUCAUCCCAGUGAAGGGGGAGCCCCUGGGGGUGGUCAGUAACUGGCCCCCGGCCCUUCAGGCAGCCCUGGCACGCUGGGGAGCCACACAGGCCAAGAGUCCCGCUCUCACCGCCCUGGACGUUACCGGGAAACCCCUCUACACACUGACAUACGGUAAACUGUGGAGCCGCAGUCUGAAGCUGGCCUACACUCUGUUGAACAAACUGGGCACCAAGAACGAGCCUGUCCUGAGACCUGGAGAUAGGGUGGCGCUGGUGUACCCCAACAGUGACCCUGCUAUGUUCUGGGUGGCCUUCUAUGGCUGUCUCCUAGCAGAGGUCAUCCCUGUACCCAUAGAGGUGCCACUGUCUAGACAGGACGCAGGCAGUCUUCAGAUUGGCUUCCUAUUGGGCAGCUGUGGGGUAGGCCUGGCCCUGACUAGUGAGAUCUGUCUCAAAGGACUGCCCAAGACACCCCAGGGAGAGAUCAUGCAGUUCAAAGGUUGGCCCCGUAUGAAGUGGGUUGUGACAGACACCAAGUACCUGACCAAGCCCUCUAAAGACUGGCAGCCCCACAUCCCCACCGCCAACACAGACACAGCUUACAUCGAGUACAAGGCCAGUAAAGAGGGCACAGUGAUGGGAGUAGCCGUGUCUAAGAUAGCCUUGCUGACUCACUGCCAGGCCCUGACACAGGCCUGCAACUACUGUGAAGGAGAAACGUUGGUCAACGUGCUAGAUUGUAAGAAGGACAUGGGUUUGUGGCACGGGGUGUUAACCAGUGUGAUGAACAGGAUCCACACCAUCACUGUACCCUACGCUGUCAUGAAGGCCUGUCCCAUGUCCUGGGUGCAGAGGGUCCACAUACACAAAGCACGUGUCGCCUUGGUGAAGUGUCGUGACCUCCACUGGGCUAUGAUGGCUCACAGGGACCAGAGAGACACCAACCUGUCCUCUAUACGCAUGCUCAUAGUAGCCGAUGGAGCCAACCCCUGGUCCGUGUCAUCGUGCGACGCCUUCCUCAACGUGUUCCAGUCUCACGGGUUAAAGCCGGAGGUCAUCUGCCCCUGUGCCUCCUCUCCUGAAGCCCUCACUGUGGCUAUUCGCAGGCCUGGUGCCCGUGGUGCAGCCCUCCCAGCCAGAGCCAUCCUGUCCAUGGGCGGUCUGAGUCACGGGGUCAUCAGGGUCAACACAGAGGAUAAAAACUCUGCCCUCACUGUACAGGACGUGGGCCAUGUCAUGCCUGGAGCUCUGAUGUGUAUCGUGAAGCCAGACGGGCCUCCGCAGCUCUGUAAGACAGAUGAGAUCGGAGAGAUAGUGUUGAACUCCAGGGCUGGCGGAACCAUGUACUACGGCCUACCUGGAGUCACCAAGAACACCUUCGAGGUGAUUCCCGUGAACCAGGCUGGAGCUCCGUUAGGAGAGAUCCUCUUCACUAGGACUGGCCUGCUGGGCUUUGUAGGGCCGGGCAGUCUGGUCUUUGUAGUGGGAAAGAACGAGGGGCUCCUGACGGUCAGUGGUAGACGGCACAAUGCUGAUGACCUGGUGGCCACCGCCCUGGCCGUGGAGCCUGUUAAAACUGUCUACAGGGGGAGGAUCGCUGUGUUCUCAGUGACCGUGUUCUAUGAUGAGAGGAUAGUGAUCGUAGCAGAGCAGAGGCCUGACGCCAGUGAAGAGGACAGCUUCCAGUGGAUGAGCCGAGUACUACAGGCCAUAGACAGUAUUCAUCAGGUGGGUUUGUACUGUCUGGCCCUGGUUCCGGCCAACACGUUACCCAAGACCCCGCUGGGAGGGAUCCACAUCUCUGAGACCAAACAGAACUUCCUAGAGGGGAACCUGCACCCCUGUAACAUCCUCCUCUGUCCACACACCUGCGUCACCAACCUGCCCAAACCACGACAGAAACAGCCAGUUGGUGUGGGCCCGGCCUCUAUCAUGGUUGGUAACCUGGUAGCGGGGAAGAGGAUGGCCCAGGCUGCAGGCAGAGAGCUGGGAGUGCUGGAGGAAGAGGGCCUGGUCAGGAAGCACCAGUUUCUGUCUGAAGCCUUACAGUGGAGAGCCCAGACCGACCCUGACCACGUCCUCUAUGUGCUGCUCAACGCUAAGGGGGUAGCGGUGUGCACGGCCACAUGUAGUCAGCUGCAUAAGAGAGCAGAGAAGAUAACCUCAGCCCUGAUGGAGAGAGGAGGCCUCAACACUGGAGACAACGUAGUGCUGCUAUACCCUCCUGGCAUUGAUCUGAUAGCUGCCUUCUAUGGCUGUCUGUAUGCGGGGGUGAUCCCUGUAACAGUGCGGCCCCCUCACCCCCAGAACCUGGCUGCUACCCUGCCCACCGUCCGCAUGAUCAUCGACGUGAGUAAAGCAGCCUGUAUCCUAACCACCCAGCCCCUUAUGAGGAUCCUCCGGUCCAGAGAGGCUGCUGCCAGCGUCAACGUCAAGACCUGGCCCACUAUCAUAGACACGGACGACCUCCCCAGGAGGCGGCCCCCCCAGCUCUACAAGCCCCCCACAGCAGAGAUGCUGGCCUACCUGGACUUCAGCGUGUCCACCACAGGCAUGCUCACCGGGGUCAAGAUGUCCCACUCGGCGGUCAGUACUCUGUGUCGCUCCAUCAAGCUACAGUGUGAGCUCUACUCCUCGCGUCAAAUAGCCAUCUGUCUGGACCCCUACUGCGGCCUGGGCUUUGUACAGUGGUGCCUCUCCAGUGUCUACUCAGGUCACCAGUCCAUCCUGAUCCCUCCUAUGGAGUUGGAGCUGUCCUUGCCUCUGUGGCUGAGCACCCUGAGCCAGUACAAGAUCAGAGACACCUUCUGUUCCUACUCUGUCAUGGAGCUCUGCACCAAGGGCCUGGGAACGCAGACUGACGCACUCAAGGCACGGGGUGUGAAUCUGUCGUGUGUGAGGAGCUGUGUGGUGAUAGCAGAGGAGCGUCCCCGGCUGGCACUGACCCAGUCCUUCUCCAAGCUGUUUAAAGACCUGGGUCUCUCCCCCCGCGCGGUCAGCACAGCCUUCGGAUCUAGGGUCAACCUAGCCAUCUGCCUACAGGGAACUGCUGGACCAGACCCCUCCACCGUCUAUGUAGACAUGAAGUCCCUCCGCCAUGACAGGGUGAGGUUGGUGGAGCGAGGUGCCCCCCAGAGUCUUUCACUCAUGGAGUCAGGCACUAUUCUUCCAGGGGUGAGGGUGAUCAUCGUGAACCCGGAGACCAGGGGACCGCUGGGGGAUUCCCAUCUUGGAGAGAUCUGGGUUCAGAGUCCCCACAGUUCCAGUGGCUACUACACCAUCUAUGGAGAGGAGAGCUUGCAGGCGGACCACUUCAACACGCGGCUGAGCUUCGGGGAGCCCCACACUCUGUGGGCCAGGACGGGAUACCUGGGCUUUGUCAAGAGGACCGAGCUACUGGGGUCCACCGGAGAUCGGCAUGACGCCCUGUUUGUGGUUGGCCAGUUGGAUGAGACGUUGGAGCUCAGGGGGCUUCGCUACCACCCCAUCGACAUCGAGACCUCUGUGUCCCGGGCACACCGCAGCAUCGCUGAGAGUGCUGUGUUCACAUGGACCAACCUCCUGGUGGUAGUGGCUGAGCUGGCUGGGUCGGAGCAGGAGGCCCUGGACUUGGUGCCUCUGGUGACCAAUGUAGUUCUGGAGGAGCACCACCUGAUCGUGGGCGUGGUGGUCGUCGUGGACCCGGGCGUCAUCCCCAUCAACUCCCGGGGAGAGAAGCAGAGGAUGCACCUCCGGGACUCGUUCCUGGCCGACCAGCUGGACCCCAUCUACGUGGCCUAUAACAUGUGAGAUGUGAGGAGGAGGGCCAAGCCCCAGACACACUGGGGUGAAGGCUGACUCUGGGGGUCCACUGGGGUGAAGGCUGACUAUGGGGGUCCACUCGGGUGAAGGCUGACUAUGGAGGUCCACUGGGGUGAAGGCUGACUAUGGGGGUCCACUGGGGUGAAGGCUGACUAUGGGGGUCCACUGGGGUGAAGGCUGGCUAUGGGGUCCACUGGGGUGAAGGCUGGCUAUGGGGGUCCACUGGGGUGGCUGGCUAUGGGGGUCCACUGGGGUGGCUGGCUAUGGGGUUCCACUGGAGUGAAGGCUGGCUAUGGGGGUCCACUGGGGUGGCUGUCUAUGGGGGUCCACUGGAGUGAAGGCUGGAUAUGGGGGUCCACUGGGGUGGAGGCGAGGGUGUGAAGAGGCUCUAAGAAUGAGUUGGACAGAGAGAGAGGCGGGGGUGUGGGAUGGACUGCUCCUCCUGAGAACGGACCUCUCACAUUCACUCAUCUGUCAGUGGGACAGCGUGGCAGAACAGGAGUGGCGAUGGUGAAUGGGCUUGGACUUAGUUUAGCCACCCUGUUACAGUGUCUUCUGCCUAAGUGCGUGCUCUCGCCAGAGUCUACUAUGUUUAUUGAGUUUUUCGGUGGGAGUGAAGCUACAGCAUGUCCGUUUGCAUGAGGUUGAGCUGCUUCUUACUGGUGCUUAUCCAACCACUCCCCACCUCUCUCUGACAGAGGAGGAAUAGGAUUGGUUACUUCUUUUUGAUUGAUAUUUAGGUCCACCUGUCAAGGAGACGUUUGCCAAUCUUUGCCAUCCACUGUCUCUCCCCUCUUCUCUCCCGACUUCUCCGAUCAAUGAUUUUAUCCCCAGAAAUAAUGAUUUUUGUGCAUCUUGUUUUACAGAGGAAGACAAAAACUGUAGAGAUUUGUUUAUCGUCUCAAUCCAUUCCAUGGUUUGUUUUUAGUUCAGCCUGUACCUUGCUCUCUCCUUUCUCCUGAGGGAUCCACAGUCCGUCAUGUUUGUCAGGAUGGGACCGUGGAGCCAAUGAGACGAGCUGGAAGCUCCCCCCCCCAUGCACUUUAACCUUUCCUUGUCCUUCCAUAAUCUGUCCUGUGUCUCCUAGCCUGGUCUCAGAUCUGUUUGUGCUGUCUUGCCAACUCCUCAUGUGACAAUGACCGUGCAAACAGAUCUGAGACCAGGCUUGGCGUGUGUCCCAAAUGGCACCCUAUUCCCUAUAUAGUGCAUAUGUCUCCUGGGUAGUCGAUGUGAAACUGACUUCCUCUAACCACCAUUUUUCAUGAUACAAAUCAGAUCAACAACUAUUCAAACAAUACAAUUACCGCCAGCAAGUACAGCUCACUUCAGGCCAAUGGAUGCCUGCACCUCUAUAGCUGCACUUACAUUCCGAGCUGCGAUCGAUCGGUCAUCUUACGUUUCUGUCCCACACAUCUCUAGGUUUAUUUUAACGGCUCACUGCUAUGUUACAAGCUUUCAGACUUGCUGGAAGAAAUCACUUUUAAAACCCACUUUGAAUUGGUAUGGAACGAAAAAGGAUGUGCAACAAACAUAUCAGCAGCAAACGGAAACAACAACAGUCCUUGGAUGUAUGAGCGGGAAUGACAGUGAUCUUAUCGAUCAUGUAAAGAAAAGGAACUCCUGUUUAACUGUAACGCUAUUCAAUGGGCUUGCGGUUAUAUGUCUGUGCAGCCACAAGACAAGGUAAACUAGUGUAGAUAUUUACCUUUAAACAUCUGUAUUCACUAUAGUGCACCAUACAGUAAUGAAUUGUAAAUAAUCAUUAUUUAAAUAUCAUGCAAACACAAUACCGGUAAUAUGGAACAAUAAGAUUGACUUCUGAUGAUCUUAUUGGCUGAUAUCACGGCGGCUCCUAUACCGAGUCACUAUAUCUUACCUUGAAUAAGUAUCAGUCAGUCAGUCGACUGCUAGCCUCCGUCACAGGCUUUCAACAAGUGAAGCCUGGCGUCCAAGGCUAGUCAAUUGCUAAGCUUGUUUCUUCGUUCUGUACUGUCCAUUGAGCCACAAAGGGCAUCUUCAACUCUGACUAACUUCACGAGGCUACAUCGGGGUUAUCAGGAGACUGCUGCCCUGUGCCUUUCUGUUGUGUUAACAUGAAACGUAAGAUCUUCAUAAAUCAACGACUUGGUGUAUUACCAAAACAGUUUGCAGUGGGUAUAAGUUGAGAACAAAUUCUUGCCUUAUAAAACCUGUGGAACUUUUAACAUUUCUGUUUUGAUUUGUCAAAGGCUUUCAUUUUAUUGCUGUGCUUGUGAUGAAUAGAAAAGGGAUUGCAGAGGGUAAGGUUGAGAUGUUGACUGUAUAGCAUAGUGUAUAUUCUAGAGGUCAAAAACUGUAUAACUGGUGUUACUGUGUACAUUGACAUGAUGAACGUAUUCUUUACGUUGAUAAAACUUGACUGAUCUUUCAUACUUGACAGCCAAUUUCUGCAUUACUGACAUAAAAAUAGGCUAAGUAACAAAUUGCAAAAUUCAAAAAAAGUAUCUUAUGGUUUGGCAGGUGGUAACAAUUUGCACUUUCCCAUAUCAUUACUGUGUGUAUGUGUGUAUGAUCGUAUGGUUUAAAUGGUGACAUUGUUUGUCUUUUCCUUGUGCAAAAAAAGUUUCAUUGCCCUUUUUAAUUAAAUGAACAUCAAAAUAUUGAACAAUAUUUUAGUUCCAGAUUGGCUUUUUUUAUGUCAAAUUCACUGUACUACAAUUUUUAUCAGUUGAUAAACCACUUUUUUUUAUCCAAAUGAGACAUUAUUGAUUUAAAUGUAAUUCUAAUGGUUUUUCAUGCAAGUUAUGUUCUCUUUUUCUCAUGAACUCUUCUUUCAACGACCCUACAUUAACAGCACAACUCUGUUGCAAAACAAAAGCCUUGUUUGAUUUGGAAGUAGUUUAGCCUACUUGAAUGACAGACAAACAUUGUAAUUUAUAAGUCCAUCUCUUGAGUGAAGUUGAAAUUGAAUGGUUCAUAAAUAAAUGUAUUGAACUUGGA